AUGAUCAGACAAAUAUUGUAUGGCCUGGUUGCAUGCCUGUCACUCUCUCGUAUCGCAGCAGCCGACUGCUCAACCCUCAAGAUUGAUGACUUCGCACAAUACUCGAACUCGGUCAACAGCUUGGGUGGCUACACAGAUGAUGACGGCUCCAUGGCAAGCAUCAGCGUGUCUGGAACCUCACUGAUCCUAACUCCGGUUCCUCCGGCUGAUGGCAGACUGUCUCCCUCUUACUACUACGAGAACUUGCCUUGCGUGCAGUCUGUCACGGAAGCCUAUAAAGCAAUUAAGUUUACUAUGAAAGCCCCCGCACCAGGGUCAAACUUCACUCUCGAAAUUCAGACGCGAGCAUCAUGCAGUGCGACGGCGUUCCAAUCAGAUUGGCAGGUUGUCCGAGACCUGACGGGCCAGGCACAGACGGUCAUAGUCCCUUUGGGUGGUUGGCUUGGUGCAAAUACGAACUUGAAUGCCAUUACGGGUUUCAAUUGGGCCACAUGGACUUCACCUACACAAAGCAAUGGAGAGGAGGACUGGCAGCUGGGUGGUAUCGACGACUACUGCCUCGUCGAUUACCUCUUCGCCUGCUAUCACCACGGCCUCUACCACAAAAUCUACCAGCCGUUCAACUUCCACUUCGACGCUAACAACAAGCACUCCAAAGUCAACCACCACCACUAG